AUGGCCGAUAUCACAGAUCAACACGACCAAAAUUCGCCAUCAGCUCUCGAUGAACAUGCUGUCGGUAAUGGUAACCCAAUUGCUGGAUCCGAUGCUCGUGGAAUUAAACGCGCAAGACCUGCCACUGCAGAAGAUGAUGAUGACGAUGAUGAUAAGCCCGGUCGCGAACGAAGAAAAAUCGAGAUCAAGUUCAUUACGGAUAAAUCGCGUCGCCACAUCACAUUCUCCAAAAGAAAGGCUGGUAUCAUGAAGAAGGCAUACGAAUUAUCAGUCUUAACAGGAACCCAAGUCCUCCUCCUAGUCGUAUCCGAAACCGGUCUUGUAUACACUUUCACAACACCAAAGCUGCAACCUUUGGUCACAAAGGCGGAAGGGAAAAAUCUGAUUCAGGCCUGCUUGAACGCACCCGAGCCUACCGGAAAUGGUGAGAAUGGGGUUGAUGAUGGAAAUACAGUUGAAUCGCCAGAGGAGCCAACUCCACAACAUCUACCACCACAACAACAAGGUCGCCCUGGAAUGCCACAACAGGCACCACAAAUGCACCCAGGCUAUGGCGUACAGGGCCUAUCGCAGGAACAGCAACAAGCUAUUGCGUACCAAAAUUAUAUGGCUCAUCAACAACGAGGAGGGUAUAUGCCCCCACAAGCUGGCAUGCCACAACCGCAAGCACAUCAAUCAUAA